AUGUCAACGCCUGCUCGACAUCGCGCCCUUGUCCUCGACUCCAUUGAGGACGGCUUCCAUGUCAAAACGGUCCCAACCCCAACCCCUGAUCUUGGCAGCGCCAUUAUCCGCAUUGACACUGUCGGAGUGCUCUCUUACCACCGCGAAGUUUAUAACGGCGAGCGCCAUUACUCUUUCCCUAAACCCCUGAUUGGUGGCUUAAAUGCUAUUGGCCAUGUUGCCUCCCUCGCUGCCGAUGCAACCACCCUACAAUGCGGUCAGCUUGUAUAUGUUGAUUGUGUUAUUCACGGACGCGAUAACCCAGAUGUCGUGUUUCUUUCGGCCAUCCACGACGGUGACUCCGACGGGAGUAAGAAGCUAAUGCAGGAAGUAUGGCGCGACGGAACAUUUGCCGAGUACGCCAAGGUACCUUUGGAGAAUUGCAUACCUCUGGAUAAAGCGACACUAUGCCAUAGUCUGGGUUAUUCAACCCAAGAGCUGAUGUACAUUGGUCACCUACUGGUUCCUUUUGGCGGACUUCGUGAUAUCAACAUCGAACCCGGUGAAACAGUUCUCAUAGCCCCGGCAACAGGCACAUAUGGUGGUGCUGGCGUCCAGGUUGCUAUCGCCAUGGGGGCGAGAGUUAUUGCAAUGGGCCGCAAUGAGAAAGAGUUGGCAAGAUUGAAGGAUCAUGUGCUUAGAGGCUCACCGAACGCAAAUAUUCAUACUCUCAAAAUGACACAAGACGAGACGACUGACGCCGUUGCGUUGCAAGAGUUGGGGCCCCUUGACGCUGUCCUGGACUUCACGCCACCCCAUGGAUCCGAGUCACCACAUUUAAGAAGUGCAAUCAAAGCCUUGCGCCGUGGUGGCCGCAUUAGCAUCAUGGGAUUUAACAAAAACCCAAUGGUGCCUUGGAUCUUCGUGGCCAAAGACAUCUCAAUGAAAGGAAAGUUAAUGUAUGAUCGAUCAGACAUUGUGCAGUUUAUCAAGAUGCUACAAGCAGGCCUAUUUCCUCGGGACAAGAACUUUGUGGACGCAAAGACCUUCAAACUGGAGGAAUGGAAGGAAGCUUUUGACGUGGCGGCUGAACAUACGGGCAUUGGGAAGCUUGUUAGUCUCAUACCAUAA